UUUUUUUUAAAAAAAAAAAACUUUCUGUACCUCAUUGCAAUGUUGUCUUCAAAGAUCAACUCAUCAACUCUUUUGGCUGGAACUCGCCACUUGACCAAGCGCUUCUAUUCCGCUGCUCAAGAAGUCAAGAAAACUGCUCUUUAUGAUUUCCAUGUGAGCCUCGGCGGUAAGAUGGUCCCCUUUGCUGGCUAUGCCAUGCCUGUCCAGUACAGCGGAAUGGGUAUGCUUGCUUCUCACCUCCACACGCGUGAGAAUGCAUCUAUCUUUGAUGUCUCUCACAUGCUCCAGACUCGUCUUGUUGGUGCUGACCGCAACAAGUUCUUUGAAAAGCUUGUUGUCGCUGAUCUCAACAACUUGCCUGUCGGACAGGGUACUCUCUCUGUCUUUACCAAUGAGCAGGGUGGUAUUAUCGAUGACACUAUUAUCAUGCAGCAAAAGGACUCUCUUUACGUUGUCUCCAACGCCGGCUGUGCUGACAAGGAUCUUGCUCACAUUCGCAAGCAUUUGGCAGAUUUCCAGAACAAGGGUGGUGACGUUGAUCUCAAGAUCAUCGACGACCACUCUCUUAUUGCCAUUCAGGGUCCCAAAGCUGCCGCUGCCCUCGAAAGCUUAACUGGUACCUCACUCCAGGACUUUGCCUUCAUGAACGGUCGCUUCAUGGACAUUGCUGGUGUUCCUUGCCACGUUGCUCGCUCUGGUUAUACUGGUGAAGAUGGUUUCGAACUCUCUGUCCCUACUCCCGAGAUCCUCAAUAUCACCGAAAAACUGCUGGCUCACCCAGUUGUCGAGAUGGCCGGUUUGGGUGCCCGCGACAGUCUCCGUCUUGAGGCUGGUCUGUGCCUCUAUGGCCAUGAUCUGGAUGAGACCACUACUCCAGUUGAGGCCGGUUUGACUUGGACAAUUCCCAAGUCUCGCCGUGAGACCGGUGGUUUCUUGGGUGCCGAACACAUCUUGCCCCAAAUCAAGGGUGGUGUUUCCCGUCGUCGUGUUGGUCUUUUGGUUGAAGGUGCUCCUGCUCGUGAGGGUGCCGAGAUCCUCAACAAGGAAGGACAGGUCAUUGGUAAGGUUACUUCUGGAUGUCCCUCGCCAUGCCUCAAGAAGAACAUUGCCAUGGGAUACGUCCAGAACGGUUUCCACAAGCGUGGAACUGCCUUGGAUGUCAAGGUCAGAAACAGAGUUCAGAAGGCCGAGAUCACCAAGAUGCCUUUUGUUGAAGCCAAGUAUCACAAAUAGACAUACACACAUACUCUUUCUUACAUAUCUCUCUCUCUAUAUAUAUAUACACAAACCUAUAAAAAAUUAAUCCCUUCAUCUCUCUCUCUCUUUAUUUAUUUUUUUAAAAAAGAAGUGUUCAUUAAAAAUUACAUAUUCCACACUAUUAUUAUUGUUAUAUAAAUACUCGAUAUCUCUAUUGUACACUUGCAUUUGAAAAGAGAAAUGAAAGAACAACUUAAACACGUUAAACUCUGGAUAUGUUUUGAUCCAAUU